GGCAACAUUGUACAAAAUGGGCAAGAUGCAAAGCAAGCUAAAGCUCCGUGGGCUCGAAGACCUGCACCAGUGCACUGCGUUCACCGACGAGGAGGUGGCAGAGUGGUACAGGAGCUUCAUGAAAGAGUUUCCCAGUGGACGCAUUUCCCUGGAGAGGUUCAAGGAGGUCUACCACAGGCAGUUCCCCGAGGGGGAUCCGUCCGAGUUCGCCCAACAUGUCUUCCGCACGUUCGACACUAACAAGGACAAGACCAUCGACUUCCGCGAGUUCAUGUGUGGGCUGAAUGCCACCAGUCGUGGGACACCGGAGCAGAGACUCAGGUGGGCUUUUACCUUGUACGAUCUGGACGGAGACGGCUUCAUUCAAAAGCAGGAGAUGAUAGAGAUGCUCACGGCCGUUCGCAAGAUGUUCGCGUCCCCGAUGUAUUCUCCGCCGAAAGACGAGUCCAUGACGCCUGAGAAACAGACCGAGAUAUUAUUCCGCAAGAUGGAUAAGAAUAAGGACGGAAAGCUGAGCCUCGAAGAGUUUCUGGACGGGGCCAGAAGUCACCCUUCUGUCCUGUACAUUCUACUAGACUCCCCCACGAAGCCCUUCCAGUAA